AUGGCAUACAACUCGCGAAUGAGCCAGCAGUUCGGCCAUGGCAACCAUCAACAACAGAGUCGGGGCAAGAAAAAGGAAGAUGACAGCGAUGCGCUGAUGCGGCUGGCGCGUAUUGAGGCAUUAUAUGCAGAGAACCAGAAAAUGCAACAGCGGCUAGAAGAGAUGAGGAGGCAGCAAAAGGCUAUGGAAGGACCCGCGAAUGAGAAGAUUAAAAGGAAUGACGAGUUAAAAGUUAGACUGUUGGAAUUGAGGCGAAGUCAGGAACGAAUUGCCGAGUCCCUUGAGCGAGUUAAGCUGGAGAAGGCCCGGAAGCAAACCUAUCUCGAAGAAAUGACAGAGAAGAUCUUAAAAACCCGACAGGAGAGUGAGAAACUACGGCCAUACGUAUUACAGAGCCCAGCGUCGCUCCAGUCUUCUCUAACAGAAUUGUCGGACAAUCUAAUGAGGGAUAAAUCCCAGAUUGAUAGUAUGGAAAGAAGGAUGCGUGCAUUGCAGACAUCAAUGGACACUUUUAAUGUUGUCGCGAAUGACGUUCAAAGUUGUGUUAAAGUUUUAGAAGAUAUCGCUCAAGAGUUACAAAAGGAGGAAGAGGAAGAUGCUCGAGCUAUUAAAAACAGGGAUGCGCUCACUGAGCGGGGAAAUACUGUCAGGGAAGUGGCUCAGACUGAGAAGCUUCUGCAACGGCAACUGGCUCGUUGGCAUGAGAGGACAGAAGCGCUACGGAAGAGCAGCCGGGAAAAGCAGGAGUUAGCACAAGCGCGGAUGGAAGAACUGAGGGAGAUACAAAACCAGCUUCGCGAGGAACGCGUGGAGAAACAGCGGGACAUGGAACGGCGGAGGAUUCGGAUCGAACAAACAGAAAAAAAGGUGACGUGCCAUGCCAGAGAACCGUUCAGAGGGCUAUUUGUGCUUGUUUUGUGUGAAUGGCCUCGACUAACUUGGCUGCUGCAGAUGGUUGAUCUGAAGGAGAAUAUCGAAAACGAAAUCCACAGCGCAUACGACGAGUAUCUAAAGCUCGAGUCUCAUAUCAAGCUUUAUAUCACAGAGAUGGAAAAAUGUCUCUAA